AUGGCACAGACACUGGAGCAAUUAAGUCCUUCAACUUCAACUGAUGAUCCAAAUAAUGAGUUCACAAAGAGCGAAGAAGGCGCGGAAGAAUUACCCGGUAUUAUUUCUGAACCACACAGUUUUCGGCACUACAGACCUCUUUUUUGUCUUGGAAAAGGAGGUUUUGCUCACUGUUACGCUGCUUUAGCUUCGCCAUCUUUACUGGAAGUGGCAUUAAAAAUAGUGCCUAGAAGCCUGCUGAAGAAGCAUUCUCGAAUGGUAAAAAUGCGCAAUGAGAUAGCAAUUCACGAGUCCUUAAACCAUCCAAAUGUGGUCAAGUUUUUCUCGCAUUUCGAAGAUAACAUCAAUGUUUGCAUGGUUCUUGAACUUUGUCGUUACGGAUCCCUUCUUAGUCGCAUCCAGAAUGCACCUUGUGGACGAUUGAGGGACCAUAACGCCCGUCUUUAUUUCCUACAGAUUGUUGAAGCAGUUAGUUACUUGCAUGGUGUAGGAAUUUUGCAUCGUGAUCUCAAACCGGGCAAUGUUCUUUUAAGUGACGUUGAUAAGGUAAAACUGGCAGAUUUCGGUUUAGCUAUAAAAGUAAGUGAUCUGCCGUAUAGCUCACUGAGUAUUUGUGGAACACCAAAUUACCUUUCUCCUGAGGUUCUUAAACGAGAAGGUCAUUCGAAAGAGUCUGAAGCUUGGUCUCUUGGUUGUAUGCUUUUUUGUAUGUUAGUCGGCAAGCCGCCAUUUGAAACUGAAUCUUUAGCAAAAACUUACGCUAGAAUCUCGUCAUGUGAUUUUUCCUUUCCGCUGCAGCUAAAAAUCAAUUCUCUCGCCGUGGAUCUCAUCUCAAAGUUACUCGUUUUGGAUGCGGCAAAAAGAAUGAAAAUAGAUGCGAUUAUGGAUCAUGCGUAUUUUGGUAAUAAUAAAGAUACGACAAAAUUACGUGAAUUAUUCUUAGCACAUGGGAAAGAAAAUGACCCGCUACAGUCAUCUAAAGAAAUGAAUGUUAACCUAAGUUCUGGGCAUCGUUACAGUAUUGGUGGUUCGGGAAUAGGGUCUGAGGGUUGUUCGAAUGUUCGGUCACGAUCCUUAUCGUAUUGUAUAGCUUUAUACAAGCAGUUGCUGUUAGGUUAUUACACAGUAUUGGAUGAAAUACCUCGUUCAUCUGAUUUUCGAUUGAAUAUGGUUAGCAAAUGGGUAGAUUAUACAAACAAAUAUGGUUUUGGUUGUGUUUUAAGUGAUAGUACUCAUUGUACUUUGUUUAUUGACAAUUCAUCGAUUUCUCGCAGGCGUAUUGCUGACUUUGCUACAGAUCGAUAUUUGUUAAUAUCUGAUACUACUCAGGAACCAUGGAGUAUUUCAGAAUGGACCACUUUAGAUUUGAUUAAAGACCAGCAGCUGGCUAAGAAAGUUCGGCUUGCUGGACUUUUUAGUGAUUAUAUGGAUAGAGAGUUGCACCCUGUAUACGAACAUAAUGGUUUACGCCACCAGCUCGAUGCUUUGAUCUAUCAAAAGCGGCAAAGUGGAAUGCUAUUGAUGUUUCUUGCCUCUGGAACCAUUCAGAUUAAUUUUUUGGAAUCACAUGAAAAAUUGGUCAUAAGUCAGGAUAAGCACAGUCGUUUAUUGCUAACAGUGAUUGAUGGUUCCGUUGGCUUCCGUAUUUUUCAGCUUGUUUUAUGCGCAUCAAAGCCUGUUCGUUCAGAAUAUCGUAGAAUUCAGCAUUUACUAAGUAAAGCUUGUAUACUACUGGAGGACGGGCAGGUCUCCUCACAGCAAGCUUAUUGUGGUACUGAAUGCUAG